AAACAAACAUGAAGAGAACCACUAAAUAUAAAAAAGCAAAUUAAGUAGCAACAAAAAGGGGCCAAUUUCUCCGAUUUCCACAUCUCAUUCCCAAAAAUCUCACUAAUCACUAUCUCCCAGUUAUUAAAUUUCAGCAAAAAAUUCUGGGUUUUGGUUUUCAGAUCAUUUUUCUUUGAUUUGCAAUGCCGGGUCUCGGUUCUCAUACCGAGAUCUCUUUUGCCGGAACUUUUGUUAGCAGUGCUAUUGCUGCUUGCUUUGCUGAGUUUUGUACGUUGCCAUUAGACACUGCUAAAGUGAGGCUUCAGCUCCAGAGGAAAGCUUCUUCAACUGAUGGAGCUGUUUCAGCCAGAUAUAAAGGCAUGUUGGGAACUAUAGCAACUAUUGCAGGGGAAGAGGGUUUACCUGCUCUCUGGAAGGGUAUUGUGCCAGGCUUGCAUCGCCAAUGUCUCUAUGGAGGCUUGAGGAUUGGCCUGUAUGAACCUUUCAAGAUGUUUAUUAUUGGAUCUUAUCUCUUUGGAGAUUUCCCUCUAAUCCAAAAUAUACUAGCUGCUCUCUUAACUGGUGCAAUUGCAAUAAUUAUUGCCAAUCCAACUGAUCUUGUUAAAAUUCGACUUCAGGCUGAAGGAAAAUUGCCACCUGGAGUGCCUAGGCGUUACUCAGGAGCCAUGGAUGCUUAUAGUUCCAUAAUAAGACAGGAAGGGCUUUUGGCACUAUGGACUGGUCUUGGACCCAACAUUGCCAGAAAUGCAAUCAUAAAUGCUGCUGAACUAGCCAGUUAUGAUCAAGUGAAACUGACUAUAUUGGCGAUCCCAGGAUUCACAGAUAAUGCACUUACUCACAUCCUGGCUGGUUUAGGUGCAGGGUUUUUUGCAGUCUGCAUUGGAUCUCCCGUGGAUGUGGUAAAAUCUAGAAUGAUGGGAGAUUCAACAUACAGAAGCGCGGUUGAUUGUUUUAUCAAGACACUGAAAACUGAGGGACCAAUUGCAUUUUAUAAAGGAUUCCUCCCAAAUUUUGGCAGAUUAGGGUCAUGGAAUGUGAUCAUGUUUUUGACAUUGGAACAAGUCAAGAAGAUUUUGCGGGGGUAGGUGACUACGCGUAGUACUACCUCCAUCUUUUCAUCAUCAACACAGCCAUGCCAAGAAAUGCAAAAUAUUACCUCAAUGAGUUUUUCAGCUACCCCCUUGAUUUUCCAGGGAGAUUGUUAGCAUAUAUACAGCUGCUCGCGAGAAGUUAGGAAGGAACAAGUUGAAUUUGCAUUAGUAUAUGCAUUAUGGCAUUGUGCUGACAGUAGUCCCAUUAAUGUAGUGCUACUUGUAAUUUUGCAGCUUAUAGUUAUAAUUUACACCAAAUUCUUUUGUUAUGCUCUACGUAUUUGUAUAACAUACCUCACUUGCCAUUUGUGUUGCUAUUGAUAUUUCAAGGAAUUGUUCAUUACAAAAUCCUGUUCUUGGUUCUUCAAAAGCACUUUAUGCAUAA